ACAAUAGAGUCUACUACUACACUUCAUAUAAACAGACAAAGAGAACCGAGAGAGAGAGAGAGAGAGAGAGAGAGAGAGAGAGAGAGAGAGAGAGAGAGAGAGAGAGAGAGAGAGAGAGAGAGAGAGAGAGAGAGAGAGAGAGAGAGAGAGAGAGAGAGAGAGAGAGAGAGAGAGAGAGAGAGAGAGAGAGGGAUAGCAAGAUUCUAGAGGAGAUGGGAAAGUUCGAGGAGCAUAAGCCAGCAUUGGCCAUGAUCGGGAUUCAGAUGUGUUACGCAGGAGUGACUCUUUCUGCAAGAGCUACUAUGGUUAAUGGAUUAAGCCCUCGCGUUUUUAUCCUCUACAGACAAGCUUUUGCGACCAUUUUCAUCUUCCCGUUUCUCUACUUCUCAAGGGGAAAACCGAAGAUAUCUUCACUGGAUCUCAAGAGUUUUUCUUUAAUUUUCUUGGUCUCGCUUGUAGGCAUUACAAUCAAUCAAAACCUGUAUCUUGAAGGUCUUUACUUAGCUUCAUCGGCAAUGGGAAGUGCCGUGGGUAACAUCAUCCCAGCAAUCACCUUCCUCAUCUCAUUUCUGGCAGGAUAUGAGAAAGUGAAUCUCUGGGAUAAAAGAGGCCUAGCGAAGAUAGCAGGGACUAUCCUCUGUGUAGCAGGAGCGACCUCCAUGACUCUGCUUCGUGGACCAAAGAUUCUCAACUCAGGAUCCACUUUACCAGUAGCCAAUGCAGUAUUAGGAGAUUUGAAAGACCAGAACACGUGGCUGUUUGGUUGUUUGUUCUUGUUUUCUAGCACUCUUUGCUGGUCCUUUUGGCUUACACUUCAGGUUCCAAUCUCUGCCUAUUACCCAGAUCACCUCUCUUUAUCAGCUUGGAUGUGUUUAUUUGGAACAUUACAAUGCGCAGUGGUCACUUUCUUCCUUGAGAAGGACCCAAACAGUUGGAUUCUCCAUUCAUACUCCGAGUUUGCAACCUGUCUUUACGCAGGAGUUGGGGCGUCAGCACUUUCGUUUACGGUCCAAGCUUGGGCUAUAUCAAAGAGAGGUCCUGUUUUCUCUGCUUUGUUUAAUCCUCUCUGCACAGUCAUCGUCACAAUCUUGGCUGCUCUGUUCUUCCAAGAAGAGAUUUACAUUGGAAGUUUAAUCGGAGGAUUAGGUGUCAUUAUGGGACUUUACAUUGUGCUUUGGGGUAAAGCAAAAGAUGUCAUGAUGAAUCAAGAACAGAUAGACAGUGAAAACGACUCAGAAGUGAAGAUUCAUAACGAAGAUUUUUCAAACACAACAAACUGUAACAGGGAUCUUGAGGAUCCCCUUCUGUCAAAAUAGAUAUCAACUGAAGAAAUCAAAACACAGCAACAACUAAACUGAUUCAAGAAUAUUUCAUUCUUCUAUUUUCAGAAUUUUAAAAAGAUGUUUUGCUAUAGUAAAAAAACAGUAAAAUGAUUUAUUAAUGAAAAAUAUCAUAGUCCAGUCUAAAUAAGAAGCAUACUUCUACGAUAUGAUAUUUGCCAUAACAGGGGGAAAUCAAGAAUUCUAGAUCCGUUUAGAACUUUGAGUCUUGUUCUUGAAAUGUUUUCAUAUUUAAAAACACAUGCUAAACCUUGAAAGGCUAUAUACCAAAAAAACUUCAAUGUUAUCAUAAAUUUUCGAAAACUUCAAUACCAUUUCUUCAAGUUCCUAUUGAUGGGCUCUUCUUCUUUGCUACCUUCAAAUACAAAAUGAUAACUACAAAGGUUUUACUUGUUCCACCAGAGUGCUUACUAUGCGGUACAAGUCAUGAAUCACGACAACAUCUACUCUUUGAUUGUGUUUACUGUAGGAACGCAAAUUCUACAAUAGGGCGAACUUUUUAUUAAAAUUUAAAAUCAAUACUUACAAGGUUUUAGGCAUUCGCUUGCUCUCGGAUACAUCACGUGUAUUUGCACUGAGCUUGAUAUGGCGUUUACUCACGAGCUCUGGAUCACUUUGGGUCGCUUGGACAACAGCUUACUUGUUGCGUUCUUAAGUGUUGAAAGACUUUUAAAUAUUACAGGUGACUAUGGCACACAAGUCUUAGGCGUUCCUCGCUAUGCGACAGUCUCGAAAGCGGCUUCUGGUGGACAAUAGAGCAUUCGUCGGUGUCGUGGCCAUCACCUACGGGUGAUGAUGGCCUGCAUCCACUCUUUUCCAGCUCCGGCAGAAGACGCAGCUGCUGAUCGUCGUCUAUGGUGGCACGGGGAAGAUGACUACAAGCCGACUUUCUCUAGCAAGGAAACAUGGGAGCAACUUCGGACCCAUCACCCACGGCUUAACUGGAGCAAGGUUUUCUGGUUCCAACAGGGCAUACCUCGAUUUUCAUUUAUAACAUGGCUGGCUUUUCAGGACAUAUUGGCGACACGAGCGAGAAGCAGAGCAUGGGGUUGUAUCCAACCGUGUAUCCUUUGUGGUGAACCGGACGAGACUCGCGACCACCUCUUCUUCGCUUGUUCCUAUUCUUUUACAGUGUGGUUUGACCUAACAUGAUUUCUACUGGGCUCUCGUGUGAAUCAUGACUGGUCUAUCACUAUUGCUUAUCUUCUUUCUCCGCGUAGGAAGGAGAUUGAUACAUGCCUCCUAAAGCUUGCUCUUCAAGCUACAAUACACACAGUGUUUGGCGAGAGAGGAAUAGCAGACGCCACCAUGGCGAUCCUUUUAGCAAAUCUCAAAUGGUUCGCUUCAUCGACAAAACCAUUGGAAACAGGAUAUCCCUCUUCUCUACCGGAAGCCAGCCUUCUAUAGCGACAUGAUGCAACGAUGGGUUGCAAGGACUGUUCCUCCAUAAGUUUUCAGUUCUCUGUUUUCUUUUUGAAAAUUGUAUUCAAUUUCUGA